AUGGACUGGGUUCUCCGUGGUCCCCAAAUCCACAGCACAUUCAGCAAUCUUGGAUUUGCUCAUCCAGAGGGAUAUCACAUAAACGAGAACUGUAAUGCUGCCUUGGAAUCAAUUUUGCACAACAUACUGACAGAAGACAAGAAUUUGCGAACCUACAGAAGAAGUAUAAGUUUUGGACAAAAUAUAAAGAAGGAUCUAAUACCGCUCUUAAUAAAUGUAAAAGAUGAUAAAACAAUAGAGUUACUUAUAAAGAUCCUUGUUAAUUUGACAAUUCCAGUGGAAUGCCUGCUUUCCGUUGAUACCAUUUCUAAUACAGAAAUUGGAAAGCACACGAUAUUUGAAAUUAACAGUUUACUCGCUUCAACCAAAACAGCGUUCACGGAUCACAGAGCGACUAAAGUUAUAAUAGAAUUUCUAAAAAAAAACUCUGAUUUCGAACAAAAAACAAAGUUAGCCUCAGAGCAAUGUUUAAAUAUCAGUAACACGCUACUGUUUUUGCGAAACAUUCUUCAUAUUCCCGAAGAUGUUAAUAAUAUGUCCUGUUACACCGGCUCACCGCAUACCAUUCAAAAUCAAAUUUUAUGGAAUCUGUUCAGCCAAAGUAUCGAUAAAACCCUGAUAAAGCUGAUGACGAUUCAGGAUUCGAUAAAUUGGGGGGUGACAAUGGUUCAGCUAAUAGCUCUGUUAUACAAAGAUCAACACGUGACGACGUUACAUAAACUUUUAAACAUAUGGCUUGAAACUUCGUUAUCUGAGAGCUCUGAAGACAAUGAAAGUAACACAUCACCGCCAAAUAGAGGGAGUGACGAUUCAUCUCCCAUGUUGACAUCAGACCCUACGUCUGAUUCGUCUGACACAGGUGGAAGUGGAAAAAUGAACGAAGGCUCGAAUUCACCAAAUAACAGCUGGGACUCUACUACUAGAAAUAUGAGCGAGCAAACAUUCCAAUCGGACACUUUGCAAGAUAAAUCGUGCCUCCUUAUCGAGCCAGCACCGAGUGAAAUGUCUUUCGAAAACAUAAAAGAUAUAAAUAAUACAAGUACAAUGACGAACGAUAAAGACCAGACUUUAAACCUUGAAAAAAAAAUGAUGACGUCUGAAACGUCGGACUGUGGUUAUGGCACGCAAAUUGAGAACCAAGAAGUGAUAUCAACUUCCAGCAAUGAAGACGAAUUGCCGAGCAAAAAGCCAGUUCAUCAAAAACCACAUAAUCCUAAACAGAGACCAAAUAAUAAAGUUCGAGCGAGCGUCACCAUUCAGGAGAGAAAACGAAAGAAAAUUGUAAAACGAGGGAAAGCUAACAUAAUAAAUGUCCAAGGACUUACACAUAACACGCCUACUGACGAAGAUAUUUCGAACGUGCUAAAAGAGUUUACAGUCGAUUUCCUUUUAAAGGGCUACAAUUCGUUAGUUCGAACUCUUCACACACAAAUUUUGACAAACAUGCAGUUGGAAAUCGACACGUCACACUUUUUCUGGCUCGUUACGUACUUUUUGAAGUUCGCAACGCAAAUAGAACUGGACUUGGAGCAUGUCAACUCAGUUCUGUCGUUCGAUAUCGUUCUGUACUUGACAGCGGAAGGGGUGAAUCUAUGCGAACAAUUUGAACUAGCUAUUAAGUUGAACGGAAAUAACUUGAAACCAAGUAUUCGCAGGCUACAUCUGGUGGUGACAGCCAUCCGCGAAUUUGUUCAAGCUAUUGAGGUAUAUAAGAAGUCGAUACACAUUUGUCAAGAUGAUAAGGAGGUUCUGUUAAAAUUACAAAUGAAGAUGUGUGAGACAGAAGAGUUGCGUUCUCUGUUGGUUCUACUACUUCGUCACUACAACCCCAAGUAUCAUUCCAAACAGUACCUACAGGAUCUAGUUGUUACAAAUCACAUAUUGUUGAUGUUUCUGGAUAGUGUUAUGAAAUUACCCGAGUACAAAGAUUCUGGAAAAAUGAUUAACCAUAUAAAACAGUUUGCUUCGCCGGAAAUAAUGCAUCAAUAUGGACUCUUGUUAGAGGAUUACGAAGGCAACGGAGAGUUUGUGAAUGACUGCGUCUUUACUCUGAUGCACCACGUUGGUGGGGAGCUCGGAUGCCUCAUAUCAUUAUUCCAACCAAAAAUAUUGAAGACGUUUACGUCAAUAUGGAAGUCUGAAUUUGAAAUUUGUGACGAUUGGUCAGAUCUUAUAGAGUACGUCAUAAACACGUUCAUCAAAAAGCCGCAUAGCCUUCAGCGGACUGCAAGUUUCCGCUUGGAUACAGAGAGUUUCGAUGACGAUAAAGCUCUCAAAGAACUCAUUGAAACUGAAGAGCCGAAAAGUCAAGAUAUGACGGACGACCCAAUGAUGAUGGAUGUUGAACCAAAUGAAAUAGACAGCUGGACUGAUGAAGAACUCUCAGCCUUGAAUUGGAUCUACAUGAAGAGUAACGCGGCUUCCGACGUCAUUGCUGAAAUCAUUAAACUAUUUAAAGAAGAUGGAAUAAUUAAAUCGCGUGAAAGUGUAACCAAACAACUUUACAAGCAAUCUAUAAUAGAGAAAGCUCAAUACGAUAAACUGAUGAAGGAAGAAUUUGAAAAGAAAUCAAAAGGCUCUGAACCGAGAGACGCUAAAGACGACGAUAUUGGCAAACUGUGUGAACAUAUUACUAAAGAUGGAAAGGGUCAAUUCUUAGACUGGGUACAGAAUGUUUUGCUAGAAACGUGCCACGCUAAAAUCAUAUUAGAGAAACUAAGGUUAAACAGAGAAUCUGUUCACACAGACUUACCGAUUGAAGGGAAGAUGAGCUUCCAUUCUAUACCAAAAAAGGCUGUUAAAGAUUUACCUGUUAUGUCCGCGGUCUCCUACCACUCCCUAUUAUUCAACCAUUCCGUUGCUUUGGUGCCGUGGAAUUGCGACCAGGCCGCGAUCUGUAAAGACUUAAAAUUUUUACAAUUGUUACAUAAGCUCGGGUUUUAUAUGCCAGUCGACACAGGGAAAGUUUUUAUAAGAAUCCCAUACUUCUGGACACCGGAAUUUCUGUACGAAGUGGCUAGUAAAAUUUCCUCUAUUGACACCGCCAAACUGAAGUUUUCACUGAAUGACAUAUCAGAUAAUAGUAUUCUGAAUACACCCCUGCAAAAGAAAGUCGUACUGGCAGACCAGUCGAGAGACAUGCCUAUCACAGUUAUGCCAGAAAAUUUUUAUCAAAUCCAUAAGCAAAAACACAUCGCUGCUAUUGUUAAUUAUACUCCUAUGCCCGGAUCAUCAUUCAAUACAACUGAACAGACUGGACCCACUUGGCUACAGGUUGUUCAAAAAUCUCAAGAAUUUAGACUAACUUUGGAUCUAGAAAGAACGUUGAUUCACGAUACGUCGAAGCCGCAAGAUAGCGUUCCCAAGGAUCCAUUUACCAUCACAACCAUGGUCCAAGAUAUCACAGAGGAGCAAGGUGUGGGCUCGACUGGUUCGCUGGUCACUGCCGAGACACGGGCUAAAGAAGAAAUUGUUACUUUUAACCUCAAUCAUGAUUCUGAAUAUUGCAAUAAUAGUUGCUGCGAAACGGCGUCAGUUGCUUCGGAUCUCACAAGAAUGUACGUGUCGGAUGAAGACGAAAAACCAGAGAUGGUUCACCGGCCUACGGCGGAUAAACAUUUCAACGACUCCAUAGAUUUAGACAGCAGUGCCGGCAAACGUCCUCGUGUACACUUUACGCAACCAUUUUGCUAA